ACGUCCCCUUUCUCCUCCCUUAUUCAAAACCCCCUUCUUUCUCUCUCUCUCUAUCUCUCUCUCUCUCUCUCGCUUCAACCAUUAUACCACCACCACCACCACCACCUUCCUCUUCCCAAAGAAGAACACACUCCCUCCUGUCGAAUGAUACCAGCUAUAAUGGGAAAGGUGGAGAGAGAGACAGAGAGGAGGGUGAAUAACAACAAAAAGGUGGUAGAUGCAUGAGGAACGACAUCUCUCUUCCUCUCUCUCUGUCUCUACCUCUUUCUCUCACUAGCCGUCCCCACCUCCUUCAAUCUUUUCCUUCGCCAACUCGUCCCAGAUUCCCCGUCCAACCCCUUUCGAUUGCUUGCCGUCUCUCUUCGGGUCCUGGAGUCAAGUCGCCACCUUUAACUUCUUCUCGGGUCAUUUGUGCUUGGAAGAUGGCUUGAGUUGCGCCACAUUACUCCAGGUUGCAACUUAUUCAGUCUUUACCGGUGAUAAAUUUCCAAACCAAGAACUUCUGCAGAUCAUCUGUCUUGAUUGUCCUGUUCUUGUUAAACGUGUUUGGCAGAGGGCACGUUCUGUGUACUCCUAUGCUUUUGAUGUGGCAUACGGUGUUCUUGAAUCUGCGAUUUGUCGGUUCAGUACUUGUUCACGUGGCACUUGACUUUUGUGUCUCUCGAUGAUGCACGGUGAUGCAUAUUCAGAUUGAAGAACCAGACCAUUGGGCACAGAGAGGAGAUUCGGAACAACCAUGGUGAGCUUAAGAAGGCGCAAGCUUUUAGGACUCUGCUCAGGCAAAAGUUUUUUCUUGGCUCCACUUCCCAAGUCAUCCGAUGGACAUGCAAAUGUUACUCCUAACCAAACAAGACAUGUGACAGUGCAUCCCUUACCUCUGGAUGAUGUCAAACCGCCAGAAGAAAAGAUACUCGCAAAAUUAGGAUCCGGAUCUUCCAAUAUUUCUUGUUCUAGUUCAUCAAAAGAGCCACAUAAUCAAGACUUUCCAGGACAAUCAAUCAAAAGGAGAAAGCGGCACAGGAGAAAACAUCAUCACAACCAAGAACCUUGUCUCAUGAGAGGUGUGUACUUUAAGAAUAUGAAAUGGCAGGCUGCAAUAAAAGUUGACAAGAAACAGAUUCACUUGGGCACUGUUGGUUCUCAAGUAGAGGCCGCUCAUCUGUAUGACAGGGCUGCUUUCAUGUGUGGCAGAGAGCCGAACUUUGAGCUGCCAGAGGUGGAGAAAGAAGAGCUCAGGAAACUUAACUGGGACGAGUUCCUGGCAAUGACGCGCCAUGCAAUUACCAAUAAGAAACACAAGAGAAGGGCCGGGGCAGGGUCGGAGAAAAAAUCUGAGCCCGACCCCGAGGAUGGCGACUGGGAUGGCGAAGAAGAAGCCAAUAGCUUGUCGGGUUCAGAGGAGUUGGAGCUAGACACUUCAGUCUCUUGAAAGUUUGAUCCGAAACGAGGCUGACGAUCAGUUUUAAUGGGUCUGGCUGCAUUGGACUUUUUUCUUUUCCUUUUUUUUAAUUGGUCAUUAAAGGCCCCUAUUAGGGCAUUAAUAUCUUAGAUUCUGAUUACUCUUAGCAAGCAAAUUCUCAUAGCUUGAAUAGAAAUAAGUUGUAAUUGUCGGACAUGUUGCCGCUGCCGAUCAACUUAUAAAUAUAUAAUUGCAGCGAGGACUCGAAAAAUGUCAAUCUCGCCUUUCCUGAAGUAAGUUUGGUAUUUUGCAGUUUAA